CAAAAACAUUGAGCCGCUUGCUGACGAUUCUUCCUUCAGUUCCUUGCCACAUGAGCUAGGCAUGCAUCAUGCUAUCCCAGUCCUAACACUGGCAGGACUCGUACUUGGCGAAAAAUGAAAUCUCGCAACGUCCGUUGUUUUCAUGUAUUAAUAGGGGAACGCUCGCUCCCUCGGUAAAUAUAAACGGAGUUGCAUUAGUUUUGGUUCGCUAUUCUUUCGCUGCAAGAGAUUCGCGUGAACGUCAUCUACACUGGCGGCUCUUAUAAAGGUUUGGCGCAGCAACACGACGGCCAGUAGACAGCUAUGCGGAAGUACCGCUUAGUGGCCAAGAAAGGAGAGGGUACGUUCUCCGAGGUGCUCAAGGCCCAGAAUGUCAAAGACAACAAGUUCCAUGCGAUUAAAUGCAUGAAGAACCACUUCGAGAGCAUUGACCAAGUGAAUAACUUGCGCGAGAUCCAGGCCCUGCGGAGGUUGUCGCCGCAUCAGCACAUCGUCAAGCUGGAGGAAGUACUGUACGACCAGCCCUCGGGUCGACUGGCGCUGGUCUUCGAGCUGAUGGACGCCAAUCUGUACGAAAUGAUUCGCGGCAGACGACAUUACCUCAAGCCCGAUCUCGUACAAUCGCUCAUGUACCAACUCGUAAAAUCUCUCGAUCAUAUGCACAACAAAGGUAUUUUCCACCGUGACAUCAAACCUGAAAACAUUUUGGUAGAGGACAGCACCAAGCUCAAGCUGGCCGACUUUGGGUCUUGUCGCGGAAUUUACUCGAAGCAACCGUACACCGAAUACAUCUCCACGCGGUGGUAUCGUGCACCCGAGUGCUUGCUCACAGACGGAUACUAUGGUCCUGAAAUGGAUAUGUGGGGUGUCGGCUGCGUGUUCUUCGAGAUCACAUCGCUCUACCCACUCUUCCCAGGCUCAAAUGAGCUCGAUCAAAUCCACCGUAUACACAAGAUCUUGGGCACUCCAUCGUCGGAAGUUCUCGAUAUCUUCAAGCGCAAGGGGGCUGCUCAUAUUGACUUUAACUUUCCCAAAGAGGAAGGGACCAAUAUUGCCAAGCUUAUCCCUCACGCAUCUCCUGCGGCUAUCGAUCUCAUGAAUAGAAUGCUGGCAUACGACCCGAGUAAGCGCAUGAACGCAAGAGAAGCGUUGCGGCAUGAGUACUUUCGGGAAAUCCGCGAUCUUGAAGAGGCUUCUUUACGCUCACACCAGCAGCAACAAGCACAGCACGUUAUUCAACCUCAACAACACCCUUCGGUGGGACUUUCAAUAGCCUCCAAGCAGCGCAAGGGUAACGACAAUUCAGACGACAAAACACCGCUACCGUCAAUUCAAAAUGGAUCGCAUGGUUUACAGACAACGACUGACACAAAAGACUAUGGCGGGCACGACGCCAGCGAAGACGAACUACCGCCAAUCAACCACGCCGUGGGUGGUAGAGGAAUGGGCGGCAUCACCCAUGUCAAGACCAGAAAAUAUUCCUUUAGUAGUAAGAGCGUCAACAACAAGACCAGCGAAAGCAGUCUAGGAGGAGGAUCAAUGUAUUCGGGAGGCAUAUCCAAGGCGUCGAAAGGUGGGCACUCGAAUGGAGGAAGCACGAACCGAUCUACAUACCAUCAGGACGUCAAGAUCCGCAAGAACGUGGCCAACGUGUCGCUGAAGAAGGGAUUUUCGUCUGCGCGAAACAAAAAGAUCGUGGGUGCCUCCGCUGCAUACGCAGACGCCUCCGCCGUGUAUGCCGAUGCCUCAGGUAGGGGCUAUCAUGGAGUGCUUCAUCAACGUUGAUAAUUUCGUUCCACGCGUACUGAAUGAAAAGCGGUGCGCUGUCGUGACUGCAGGCCCCAAGUCGCGACACAAGUAGGCGCGAACGAAGCUGUGCAAUAUAAUAAAACAAUAGUAGUUCCUAGGAAA